AUGCUGUGCAAGCGUGUCCUGUCGUGCUCCCGGCUCCCCGCCCGGGGAUACCAGGGUUUCAUCACGACUCGAUUGCAGAGCACAUCCAGAACGAACCUCGCCCCGACCCCGACCAACCCGACCACCCCGCCCACCCCCGAACCCUUCCGUCGAGGUUCCGCCCUCAAGACUGCGAAACCCUUCUCCGAAUUCCUCACCGACUCCUUCAAUCGCCAGCAUGACUACCUGCGCAUUAGCGUUACCGAGCGGUGUAACCUGCGGUGCCUCUACUGCAUGCCCGAGGAAGGGAUAGAACUCUCGCCACAGCCCCGCCUCUUGACCUCCCCGGAGAUCGUCUACCUAUCAUCCCUUUUUGUGUCUCAGGGCGUGAACAAGAUCCGUCUGACGGGCGGGGAGCCGACCGUGCGCAAGGACAUCGUGCCCUUGAUGCAGGAUAUCGGCAAGCUGCGACGUGACGGACUGCGCGAGCUCUGUCUGACCACCAAUGGAAUCUCGCUACACCGGAAACUGGACGCGAUGGUCGAGGCGGGGCUUACCGGGGUGAACCUCAGUCUAGACACGUUGGACCCCUUCCAGUUCCAGAUCAUGACCCGGCGCAAAGGCUUCGACGCCGUGAUGAAGAGCAUCGAUCGCAUUCUGGAAAUGAACAAGGUCGGUGCUGGCAUCAAGCUGAAAAUCAACUGCGUCGUAAUGCGGGGCAUGAACGAUCGUGAAAUCCUGCCUUUUGUUGAGAUGGGUCGCGAGAAACCGAUCGAGGUACGAUUUAUCGAGUACAUGCCCUUUGAUGGGAAUAAGUGGAAUAAGGGCAAAAUGUUCCCUUAUCAGGAGAUGCUGGCGGUCAUUCAGGAGAAAUAUCCUACCUUGGAAAAGGUGACCGAUCACAAGAACGAUACCAGCAAGACGUAUCGCGUGCCUGGCUUUGAGGGCCAGGUCGGAUUCAUCACCAGCAUGACACACAACUUCUGUGGCACAUGCAAUCGGCUGCGUAUCACCAGCGAUGGAAACUUGAAAGUGUGUCUUUUUGGAAACGCCGAGGUAUCACUACGGGAUAUCAUCCGCAAAGGGAACGACGGACAACCCAUCGACCUGGAAGCUCUGCAAAGGCUGGGGCUGCUCGAGACUGUACAGAGUGCAGCUCAACUCAGCGAUGAGGGAGGAUUGGUCAAUGAACGGGAACGUGAGAUUCUCGACAUCAUCGGCAUGGCCGUCAAGCGCAAGAAGGAGAAACACGCGGGCAUGGGACAGUUGGAGAAUAUGAAGAAUCGACCUAUGAUUUUGAUCGAUAGAGAGCCAUCUACGUCGCGGUUCCAUAGUCGUGCCGUAUCUAGGGUAUCCUCUUCUCCCUGGUCGAGAGUUCCUCUGCAUGCCCUUCCAACUGCAGGACUAGGCCAGGUGCGUCUGUACCGCAGUGGUCGCUCGAUCUCGAAACCGGAAGAUGCAGAGAAGCAAGAUGGACGAAAGUCGCAUUCCCUUCCAACAGCAUCCGACCCCGACCUCCCACAUCUUACGCCAUCCCAAACCGUCCACAUGACCCAAAUCACCUUGAAACCCGAAACAGCACGACUCGCAACAGCCGCCUGCCACGUCUCCUUCUCCAAUGCCCGGCCAUGGGAACUCCUUCGACAAGGACAAGGUACGCACAAAGGUGACGUCUAUAGUGUCGCUCGCAUCGCCGGCAUCAUGGCUGCCAAACGAACCCCCGAUCUCGUCCCACUGUGCCAUCCGGGAAUCGGCAUCACGGGCGUGGAGGUCAACGUCGAGCUGGUCGGACCCGAUGAGGAGAACCCGGAAGAUUACGGUGCUAUAGAGAUUGCCGCCACGGUUAGCUGUUUCGGACGGACUGGUGUUGAAAUGGAAGCUAUGGCGGCGACUACAGGGGCGGCGUUGACGGUGUAUGAUAUGCUUAAGGCAGUGGAUAAGGGGAUGGUGAUUGAGGGUGUUCGGCUCUUGGAGAAGCAGGGUGGGAAGAGUGGACACUGGACGAGAGAAGCCAUGUAG